AGGAGCUCAUUGGUCACCCCGAUGGCUAAUUUUUUUCUGCACGCUCUCAUCCUCGGUCCUCUAGUGAGAUAUUUAACUUCACCAGCCAGGAAUUGGUCCCAAAGGACAGGGAUGGCGUUGGCAGUAGCGGUGCUAGCGUUGGUUGCAAUGAAUGAGAUACAAAGGCCAGAGGAGAACUGCUACGAGCUGCUCGGUCUGGAUCCGGCCGGAACAAUCACUAAGGGGGACAUGUCAAGAGCUUACCGGCAAGCAUCGUUGCAAUAUCAUCCGGACCGAAAUCCGACCCCGGAGGGUGAGGCUAUGUUUAUGAAGAUUGCACAGUGUCAGGAGCUGCUCUCGGACCCACAGAGAAGGAGGAUAUAUGACAGAUUUGGUGCUGUUUCUAACGAGCAAAUGGCCGCGAUGGACGAAAGCCUUUACACGAUGAUGGCGUCGGUGUCGAUGAUCAAGUAUUUUAUUGAGUUCAUAUUGGGCCUUCUUUUCACCGCUACCUCUGAUCUCAAUGCAGCACGCUAUUGGAUAACACUGUAUCUCCUUUUCACAUUCACUUGUGAGAUCCUGAUGAAGUUCAUAGGUUACGGUGGUAUGUUCUCCUUUGUACCUGUGUUGGGAAGCUUUCGAACUUUUGAGAAGGUGGAGGCACUCAAGGACUUGUUUCCGGCGAUACUCUCUGGCAGCAUAUUGUUAUCGAGAGCUCUCUAUGUGGACAGGAAAAGAGGAAUGCAAUAUGUCUUGGCUCAUGUGGUGAAAUCAAACAACGACAUGGCUGUGUAUGUGAAAGCACGAGCUGACGACCCACUCAAGGGUGGGAAGAGCACAGUGCCUGAUGCAGCUGCAAAGACUAUGAUGGGCGGUCACAAUGUGGAGAUCGCCAGUAUGCUAGAACCAGCAGAUGGCCAUCAACCUAAGAAUACUCAACCGUUUAUGGACCACACUGUCGUGUCUGGUAAGGAGACCCAACCCCAUAGCGAGCAAGAGCAAUCGUCUGAAGGACCGCAGAUGGGGAUCCGGCAGGCCCAACCACCGAGUACCUUUCAGAGGAUACUCAACUUCAUUUUCUGGCUUUAUGUUGUUAAUCAAGUCGUCAUUCUUGUGAAGAGCCUAUUCGGAACAGGGGCGCCUCCAGAAGGUCCCUAA